ACUUAGGCAGAGUUUGGCCCCGCCGCGCCGGAGUGUCCUUAGUGCCGCCGGGCAGCGCGGGGCGCUCACCGAGCGCCGUCCCCUCCGCCCCACCGCCCAGCCCACGGACGUGCUAUGGCUACGUCUAUCCUCGGGGAAGAGCCGAGAUUUGGAACGACUCCCCUGGCCAUGCUGGCCGCCACCUGCAACAAGAUCGGCAACACUAGUCCCCUGACCACCCUGCCCGAGUCCAGCGCCUUCGCCAAAGGGGGCUUCCACCCCUGGAAACGCUCCACCUCCAGCUGCAACCUGGGCUCCAGCCUCUCGGGCUUCACGGUGGCCACGAGUAGGGGUUCAAACGGACUGGCCAGUGGCACGGGCACCGCCAACAGCGCCUUCUGCCUGGCUUCCACCUCGCCCACUUCCUCGGCCUUCAGCAGCGACUACGGCGGCCUCUUCUCCAACUCGGCGGCGGCGGCGGGCGUGUCCCCGCAGGAGCCCGGCGGGCAGUCGGCCUUCAUCUCCAAAGUGCACAGCUCGGCGGCCGAGAGCCUCUACCCGCGGGUGGGCAUGGCGCACCCCUACGAGUCCUGGUACAAGUCGGGCUUCCACUCCACGCUCUCGGCGGGUGAGGUGGCCAACGGAGCGGCCUCCUCCUGGUGGGACGUGCACACCAACCCGGGCUCCUGGCUUGAGGUGCAGAACCCGGCGGGGGGGCUGCAGAGCUCGCUGCACUCGGGCGCCCCCCAGGCCUCGUUGCACUCCCAACUGGGCACCUACAACCCCGACUUCAGUUCCCUCACCCACUCCGCCUUCAGCUCCACCGGCCUGGGCUCCACGGCCGCCUCGCACCUGCUCUCCACCAGCCAGCACCUGCUCACCCAGGAGGGCUUCAAGCCCGUGCUGCCCUCCUACACGGACUCCAGCGCGGCGGUGGCGGCGGCCAGCGCCAUGAUCUCGGGUGCCGCCGCCGUCGCCGCCGGGGGCGGCUCGGCCCGCUCCGCCCGGCGCUACUCGGGCCGCGCCACCUGCGACUGCCCCAACUGCCAGGAGGCCGAGCGGCUGGGGCCGGCGGGGGCCAGCCUGCGGCGCAAGGGGCUGCACAGCUGCCACAUCCCCGGCUGCGGCAAGGUGUACGGCAAGACCUCGCACCUGAAGGCGCACCUGCGCUGGCACACGGGCGAGCGGCCCUUCGUCUGCAACUGGCUCUUCUGCGGGAAGCGCUUCACCCGCUCCGACGAGCUGCAGCGGCACCUGCGGACUCACACGGGCGAGAAGCGCUUCGCCUGUCCCGUCUGCAACAAGCGCUUCAUGCGCAGCGACCACCUGAGCAAACACAUCAAAACGCACAACGGGGGCGGCGGGGGCAAAAAGGGCAGCGACAGCGACACGGACGCCAGCAACCUGGAAACGCCGCGCUCCGAGUCCCCCGACCUCAUCCUGCACGAGGGGGUGGGCGCCGCCGCCCGCGGCCCGGGCAAGGAACCUAGCGCGGGGCCCGGCGACUCCUAGGGGCAGCGCCGCCGGAGCCGCUCGGACUGAAGCCGCGCCGCCCCGACGGACGGAGCCGCCCCGCCGCCGGCAGCGCCCCGGGCCGCAGCGGGGGCGGGCCGGGGGACGGCGGGGCUGGAGAGGCGCGGCCCCCGUCCCGCCCGGCCGCUAGGUACCGAGUGACACAUUCUUCCGUUUCCCUUUUCUCUUUCUGUUGGAAGGCGAGCAUCCUAAGAGAGGCUUAAGGUGAGAAAUACAGCUGCAACUUUGAGACGGUCCCUCUGUAUCUCAUAAACAUCUGUAUAAAUAGGGUUCAAAAAAGAAGAAAAACAGAAAAAAAAAAAAGAAAACCAGAUCGUGUUCCCUUAUUUUUCUUGUAAAUGUUGAUCUGA